AUGGCUUCUCUUCAAAUGUUCUAUCAUCCCAGAGCUGUUGUGCAUCUCUUGAUUUUGUGCUUAGUUUUGGGGCCUGCUUAUGGUCAAGGCAAUUGGAACAAACCACUUUCACUAGAUAUGAACAUUUCUCCAAUGAAGAAGGCAAACCAGUUUAUGGCAACCCUCCAGGUUAGAAAUAAUGUGGCCCAAUGCAGGGCGGUGAAAGUUAGUACUGAGAUCAAUCCAAAUAUCAAGUAUCUUUCUUCUCAUGCUAUUUACACUUCCUGCCUUUGCAGUGUAAACAACUACUUCUGGGAUAUUCAAGUCUCUAGCAAUACUGCCUUACAAGGGAAGGCAGAAGUUGUUCCAGCUAAGGGUAUAUGUCCUGAUGAUGAAAACGUAUUUCCAGAAACUUCCUACAUAGGGACUGCUACACAAAAAAUCAUUGUGUCAUGA